AUGAAGUUAGAACUUGGAAUUGCAAUUAUGUUGAUGAUGAUUUUUGUAGCACAAGGGAUGACUGAUGUACAACGAUGCCUUCAUGCUUGCAAAUUACAAUGUGGCAAUGAUAAAAAAUGUUACAAUGAUUGUGUAAAUAAUUGUGUUGUUUCUGUGAAUGUGCAAAGUCAAAUUCACUAUUUUGAUACUAAUGAAAGAAUCUACUGUCGUACGUGCAGAAAUCCAGUUGCACGCAUCCAAGAUUAUAUUCGGAGGGUUCGUCAAGGAGUGAUCAUAAUUAGAAGAGUGUAUAAUGUUCACGUACCAGAUGAUGUGGAACAUGAGUUUGGAUUUACCACAGCUGAUACUUACUGUGGCCAAUGUGGAACGUUGAUCGGGUGGAAAUUUAUUGCAGUCCCACUAGGGUCCGUGGAUGUUAGAGAAGGAAGAUUCAUGUUGAUAUCGAGAGAGGUUACUUUAUGGGAUGGUGUACAAUUGCUUCAUUUAAAUGAAGAACAAGGUUUAGGUGCUAAUGAGCAAAAUGCAAAUCAAGAUUUAGGUGCUAAUGAGGCUAAUGCUGAUGGAGGCGGAAAUGAACAGAAUGAUGAUCAAGAUGGAGGCGGAAAUGAACAGAAUGAUGAUCAAGAUGGAGACGCUAAUGAACAAGAUGUCGGCGCUAAUGCUGCAGUUCAAGAUGGAGGCGGAAAUGAACAGAAUGAUGAUCAAGAUGGCGGGGAUCCAAUGAACUGA